GCAUAAUAAAUUGGAGAUUGGAGCUUUUGGACUGUCUGCUUUGUGUUGUCAGUCAGUAAACAAUUUAGAUGAAAAUCAAGGAAUUAAGAUUUAAAUAGUUUCAACUACGACGUUGCUCUGUUGCGCAUUUCAUGGGAGAACUUCAAGCCACAGUUGAGAUCUCAGUUGAGCUACACAAGUUCUUCAAUGUCGACCUAUUCCAACGAGGGCUGUACCAGGUCCAGGCCUGUCUUCAGGUAUCUCCCAAGCUCCUCCACCAGAUUGAGGUGACAUGCGAAGAGCCGUCGCCCAACGCGCACGCGCACACGGCGGUGGCGGCGGCGCGCACCGAUCAACAGCGUGCCGUCAGUCAGACCUUCCAGAUCCUCUAUCGCAACGAGGAGGUGGUGCUGGAGGAUGUCUUCAGCUUCAAGGUGCACCUCGUCAUCGAUGCCAAUAAGCUGGUGGAGAGCCUGGAGCGGGCCGGCCUGCAGCUGCUGGUGGAGCUGCACUUCUCCGAGAGCAGCGACACCAGCCCGCAGACGAGCACGACGGCCAUGCAGCUCGUCUCCAGCCGCACGCUGAAACUGCACUUCUCGCCGCUCAGGGGCCUGCACUACCACCUGCCGGUACUGUUCGACUAUUUCCACCUGGCGGCCGUCUCCCUGACGUUUCACGCGGCACUGGUGGCCGUCCACCAGCCGUAUAUCGACACCCCGCGACCCAAGCCAUGGUACUCGUCACCGAAGGCGUCGGGACCCCGCGGCCAGCCAGCCUUCUCUACCAUGGAGACGGUCAUCUUCGGGCCGCAGGCGGGCUGCUCGCCCAGUUCGCGGCUCUCUCACGCCCGUUCGGUGCACCGUUCCGUGUGCUCCCUGCUGUUGGCCAGCUACGAGUCACUGCAGAGUCAGUUGGCCGUGGUGAACCGGCUGAUGCCGGCCUGGCAGCGGCUGCCCACGGCCGCCACCGACUGCCGACACCGGCUCGACAAACUCUCAGAGACGGCCAAGUCGGCCGGCGGCGAGGAGGACCUGAUGGCCGUGGCCAACAGCGACAUCGCCCAGCUGUGUGCCGAGCUGAUCCUCCUCUGGCAGCAGUUCAUGGAGCUGGCCUGUCGGCGCGAGCAGGUGCGCCGCUCACUGGCGCGACAGCACCACACGCUCAGGGUGAAGCGGUUCGCUGAGGCGUUUUUCACCAUGGACAACCCGCGGUCGGCAGCCACCGGGUGUUUCGACAACGCUCCGCAGCGGUACAUGGCAGUGACGGAGGCUGUGCGACGGUCCCCCUACUUACAGAGCCUGCCACCCCUGCCUGUCGAGUGCGCCGAGCUGGACGGCGACCCGGCCAGCACGCCGGUCAUCUACGAGGACCAGUACCAGCACGUGUCCGAGUUUGUGCGCCGUCGCAGGCAGGUCGGCCGCACCACACAAGUUGCGAACGACCCGCGCGCCAUCACCGCUGCCCUGGUGGAGGAGCUGCGCACGGCCUCCACGCUGCCGGCCGCCGAGCCGCGCUCAUCGCAGCGCGGCCAGUCGAUCGAGGUGCUGCAGAGGGUGCCGCCGACGGGCGCCGCCAGCCCGGCCGUAGCCGACGCCGCUCGAUUCGUCAGUCUGAACGGACUGACGCUCGACGAGCCGGGGACGCCGCCGCCGCCGCUGCCCAGAGUGGACGAGGCGCGCAAAGGCGACCGUCCGGCCGGCGACGGCAGGGCGGCGCGCAGGCCGGCGGCGGAGGCGGCCACCUCGACCAGCUCGCCGCCGCGGCCGCCCUCCGAGCCCACCAGGCGGCCGCCGGCCGCCACCGUGGGCGUGGCCUCGCCCGAGCCCAAACACUUCCUCAAGGAGAAACUGAAGAACAGCAUACGGCUGGAGCUGCGCCUGCCGGUGGGCCAGCGGCAGCCGCGGCCGGCCGGCGGCGCCGUGUCGCCCGAGUCUCUGGAGGUGGGCCUGUUCGGCGCGGCCGGCUCGGCGCUGCUCCAGGUGCAGCGCGGACGGAUCGUGGCCAAACGGUGGACACCGGAAGCCGGCGGCGGGCCGGACCCGGCCGAGCUGACCGAGCCGACCGACACGGACGCGGCGGUCAGCUCCCAGCUGUCGGAGCCCAGCUCCAGCGGCAGCUCGGCCGACGGCGACACGGCGCCGGCCGAGGAGAGCGUCCCGCGGCCGGCCGCCGACGCCACGGACACGGCGCUGACGCUGAGCGGCUCGGAGUCGGAGGCCACCGACACGCUGGCGGCGCCGUGCUCCGAGUCGUCCUCCCGCGCCCCGCCGCCGCGGCCGCCGCUCACCAACGGCGCCGGCCGGCCGCCGCGCGGCACUGGACUCAAGGCGCGCCUGGCGCGACUGGGCCGGCCGCCCGCCUCCGUCCUUCCGCCCAGACAGUUCCGGGACCCGCCGCCAGCCGGCAGCACCGGCGCCGAGUCGCUCUCCAAGAGCGCCAGCCUGCAGUUCCGACCCAAAUCGAACCGCGGCGGCUCUCAGUCUGCCCGAUCCAGCGGGGAGUUCGAGGGAGAUUCAGUCUACGGGAGCCUCUCUGAUAUAGACACCGCCAGCUGCGCCGGCAAGCAGAAGCGGCUCAGUCUGCGCAUGCUUAGCGGAGCGCAGUCCAUCGGCAGUCUGAUGGCCCGGAAAGAAUCGAGGAAGAAGCGGCGCAGCGUCCAGGAGGCAGAGGACAGGUACCGGGUGAGCUCUGAGCAGCCGCCGUCGGCCUGUACCGUGCUGGAGAUGUUCAGCGACGGCUUCGGCACGCGGCUGGAGGACGAGGACGAGCCGGAGACGACGAGCAGUGUGACCACCAGUCUCGACCUCCGGCGCGGCCUGCCGCCAGUCGGCGCGGGGCGAUCCUCUGUGGCCGGGCCGGCGCGACCUCCGCCCGGUCAGCCGGCUGGCCGCGGUGACCCGCGCACCUCCCGAGAGGGCCGCGACGGCCGAGAGGUGUCCUGCGACUGCUACUCUGCCCUCGACGGUGGCGACGCAGCGCUCCGCCAGCGCCUGGUGGCCGCCGUCGGCGAGCGCACCUUCCACUUCAUCACGGCCAAGGAGCAGUUCAAGGACCAGCUCAAGGGCAGGUUUCCCGGCGUGUUAUACAGUGACUACAUGGGCGUGGUGACGUCUCUACCGUACUUCCUUAUCCCGGACGAGUACCGGCUGUUCAGCUCGUCGGGUCUGCACCUGGUCGUGUGUGUACACGGCCUGGACGGGAACGCGGCCGACCUGCGACUGGUGCGGACCUACCUGGAGAUCGGACUGCCCGGCGCCAACCUUGAGUUCAUUAUGUCCGAGCGGAACCAGGGAGACACGUUCUCCGACUUUGACACGCUGACGGACCGGCUGGCCGAGGAGAUCUCCUACCACAUCGAGGCCUUCCACCUGGCGCCGCAGCGCAUCAGCUUCGUGGGCCACUCGCUGGGCAACAUCAUCAUCCGGAACGUGCUGACGCGUCCGCAGCUGGCGCCGCACCUGGAUAAGCUGCACACCUUCCUGAGCCUGUCGGCGCCGCACCUUGGCACACUGUACAACAACAGCGGGCUGGUCAACAUGGGCAUGUGGUUCAUGCAGAAGCUGAAGAAGUCUGGCUCGCUGCUGCAGCUGUCGAUGAAGGACGCUGUGGACGUGCGGCAGACGUUCCUGUACCGGCUGGCGAUGCGCUCCCAGCUGCACCGGUUCCGGCACGUUCUGCUCACGGGCAGCUCUCAGGACAAGUAUGUGCCGAUCCACAGCUCUCGUAUCGACCUCUGCAAGGCAGCCAUCCGUGACCACACCGCCACUGGCGCCGCCUACCGGGAGAUGGUGACGAGCAUUAUCCAGCCGAUCGUGGAGCGUCCCGACGUCUCACUGCUGCGGUACGACGUGCACCACGCGCUGGCCAAUAACGCCAACUCACUGAUCGGCCGCGCGGCGCACAUCGCCGCCCUGGACUCUGAACUGUUCAUCGAGAAAUUCAUGGUCGUCGCCGGUCUCAAGUACUUCAAGUAGCGCUGCGUGGGGCGGGCGGGGAAAGGGUUGUCUGUAGGCUGAGUGUGGUGAGGUGAUGAGAACUACUUGACUGGGCGAUGUGGUGGAUUUUGGACGCUGGGUUUGCAUUCGUGGGAAGAUGAUUGGGCUUGCGGUGUGAUUCUAUACUUGUGCUCGUGUCUGGUUUUCUCCCCCGUUUUGAGUUCCUCAAAGGCCAAGUAGUUAGUACACAGCGGGGUAGCAAUAUCGAUACAGAGUGUGACUGACGUGCACUGUUCCUAACGCACCUCCGACCUGCUCCAUAACCGCCCCCCCCCCCCCCCCCUCUUGCCGAUGCACCGUCCCCGGGUGCCUGAUGGUGCCACUCUGCCGUCCGGGCUCAGCACUCGCUGGCUAGUUUUCGUCUCAGCGGGCACGUCAGACGGACUGCUUUAGCUGCUCCUCUGCCGGUAUUUGACACCUGCUGAGGACGGACAUUGUUUGUGAUUAACAGCUUAUGCAGACAUUACUCGGGGAAAUUGUACCUACUAAGGUGACGAGUUUGUGAUCUUGUCUACUUCAGCCGGUAACGCUUAUUUUAUCCGCAGCGAGUUGAUUUUUUCCCAUUGCAAUUGAAGAGUCAAUCGACGUCUCUGACCAGUUUUCGCCAUCGUCACUCCCGAUGCGGAAAAGAUGGUUAGCCUGUGCUGUCUUUCCCCUUCCUCCCUCCCUCCCCCUCCCUCCCUUUCUCCCUCCUUUCUUCCCUCCCUCCCUCCCUCCCUCCCUCCCUCCCUCUACCCUCCUUCUUCGGUCGGGCCUCGGAAAUUGGAGCUGAAUGUUCCGUUAGCGGCUCCCCGCCGUCUCAGAUCAGCCAGAGAGCUCUUAGAGACUAUCGACUGCUGGUAUCACCGGGCUGCUUUUUCGACGUCGAGCCGAUAUUUUCAGCUAGCAUGAUCUCUCUCUCUCUCUCUCUCUCUCUCUCUCUCUCUCUCUCUCUCUCUCUCUCUCUCUCUCUCUCUCUCCCUCUCUUCCCUCCCCCCCCUCCCUCCCUCCCUCCCUCCCUCCCUUUUCUUUCGUUAUGUAUUUCUGGAUCUUUACCUUUCUCUUUGUCCCUCUAUCCAAUAUUCUGCCCCGUCAGUCUUUCCCUCUUUCCCCAUUGCCUUGUUCUCUCUCUUUCUUCCACCAUCCCCCUCUCCCACUCCCGACUCCGCCCACCGCCAAUCUCUCGCCGCUCCUCCUCGAUUUUCCAUUCACCGCUCACGGUGCCGCCCGUUCAGUGUUCCCCGUCUGUCUCUAUGGCAGCCAUGAACUAUAAAUGACCACGAUCACCAUAUUGGAAAAGGAGACUCUUAAAAGUGUCUCCACGGCACCUGUUCAGUCCAAAGUGCCGCCUUUGGUCCCGCUCAGAAUAGAACGCUCUCCUCUGUCAGUGUCGCGUCACACACUCAGUCCAUAAUGCGUAGUACCGCGGCCUUUGGUCAAUGUUCGGUUAGGUCUCUCUGGCUGUUCAACCUUUCGACCUUAGAAAGCUGUUAUGAACCAUCGCUUGUCCCGCAGCUUGUCCAAAGCCGCUGGUCUAAUUGUCACCGCUGACACAGUGUUCUCAGUCUCACAGCUGCUGUCUUCCAGCAGCUGUCUUCAAAUUGCUGUCUUCCCCACCUUAUUACCCCUUUUUCAUCCCACCGUCGCUGCUCCUGUCUUCGGCUUCACAGCCGCUGAGCCAGCCACAGCCCAUCACAACUGUCCUUUUUGCUACAUUUGCUGCCUCUCUCCACAUCCCAGAGCCACGGCCACUGUUCCCAGCCCACCAGUCCUUCCCUUCAGCCACAGCUUCGUCUGUCAGUUAUUCAUUAUUCUAAUGACUUAUUUUUAUAAGUAUUUCUAUGCACUCUACAGUUCAGUCGAGUCUUGAGUUGUAUACAAUCUUAUUGCGCUGAUAUUUUCUAGCUCUUUCAAAUUAACCGUCUUUCAGUGUAAACAUAUUUCUAUGUUCAUUCUUGAAAACAGUGCUAGCGCUUGGUCGGAAUUUAUCAUGACAUCUGUUAAGCUAGUCUGGGAUGUCAUUUUAAGUAAAUCCAAAUUGGCCAAGCCACCAGCCAGCUCGACGCACCGCUUUGAUCAGUAUCUGUGAUGGUAACCAGCGGGUCUGGUCUGCCCGUACCGCUCUCUGGCGUUCUGUGGCGUGGCCUGGCGGGUCUGGUCUGAUCUGGUCUGCCGGCGCUGCUCCCCGGCGUUCCGUGGCGGCCGGCCGGUGGCUGCGUGACAUCGAUUUCCGCCGCCGGCGCCGCGCGGUCAUCCCCCAUCGGCGGCCUCAUUGCUCCCGCACGGCAUUCCCGCUCCGAGGCAGAGCCGGCUCUGAGGAAAUGUCCGCUCUGAGACAGGACACGGCCUGCUCUGAGGCAAUAUCCGUUCUAAGACAGGAGGCGGUCUGCUGUGAGACAGACACAGUCCGCAGGAGGCAGUCUCACUGAGAAAUGCGGGACUGUCAGCUCAGAUAUCUCGAGUUGCAGCCGUUACUAAAACAGCGAUACUCUGAGGGGCCUCAGUAUACGGUGGACGCGCACCAGGUUCGUCUCCGACAGCCGCGCUGUGUGUCUGUUUGUCCGCAGAUGGGCCGAGGCAGGCCGCUGGGCCGGGUAUAAUGUAACCGACAGUGGCCGAGGAGCAGAACCAUCCAGAACAGAUUGCCGGUGGCAGCUGUUAUUCGGGCGUCUCUCAUCUCAAUGGCAGCUCGUAUACUCAGUUACAGACUGUGAGGCUGUUUGUUUCAGUGUUAUUCUUUCCGAUGGUUUCAGACGGUGUACCUCGGCGUGGGUCCCUCCUUUUCCUCCGCACACUCCCUCCUUCUCCCCUCUCGCUCUCAGGUGCUUUUUCGUACAACCAUUAUGAAAUACUGCAACUUUGGUGACCUCCAAUCGCCAGUCACCUUAGUUCUUUGACCGGUGUCUACCUCAAUAAGGCGUGCAGGUGUCCAUAAGGCCGCCAGUGGCACAGACGGCCUAGAUACCUACCCUUCCCUACCCCACCCCACGCCAAUCCACCCUACAAGCACGCUCAGACCGACUUCCCUCUUCCCUCCCGCCACCGCCGCCCAUAGCACAUAUGCAAUUGAUUUGUAUUGGCGCGAUAGUCGUUUAGCCUGGGCCCCGGGUACGUUUGCGCCCAUAGGUGCCCCGUCGGCGGCUAUGCGGUGCCGGCCGUCAUUCUUAGCCUCACCGAUCUACGAGGCGGCGCGCUGGAAUGAGGGUAGGAGGCGCCACGCCGCGUGCCGCCGCCGGCGCUGGCGUGUGCCGUCGUAUUGGCCUGCGUGAGCGGUGCCGGCGUCACUUGUCUCCGGUGGCCGCCUGAGGCCAUCUGGGAGGCACGCGCGCCGCGACAUAUUGACUCACAGACAGACGCGGAAAGAUAGAUAGACACACAGACAUACACGGUAAGACGAAGAGACAUACAGACGCGGGAAGAUACACAGACAGACACGGGCAGACAUAUACAGACACUGACAGACUUGCAGACAUACAGGCAAACAGGCAGGCAGACAGACAGACAUACACCAGACGACACACAGACGGGCGGACACACAGACUGACAGGCGACUCGGCGAUAGGACGUUCUGGCGGGCGGGCCGUGUACCAUACCGCGCGGGGCGCCAAUGUCCCUCCAGCGGCCGGCCGUGCCGGUGUACGACGCCGUACCGCGUCGUACCGCGCCGGCCGGCCGCCCAACUCACUCUGUCCAGCACCGCACCGCUUCGUCCCCCGUCUGUGAUCACGACCGAUUCACUCGCUCGGUCCCUCGGCCGGCCUGCAGCGGCCGCCGCGCCGCAGCUUUACAAAGCAGCUCGAACCUCGAGGUCGGCCGGGUGCAAACAUGUUGAGUGUGCCGCAAAGUGGUGGUUUUCUAUUGAAAGCACCCGGCGUAUGCUAAGGCUUAGGUAGUUGUGUAGAGCUUUAAAGUGGGAUCGUGCGCUCGUCUGUAGACGGAUUUGGCGUGCGUGGUGAAACUGUGGGCGCCCAGUCCGGCCUGCCGACACUGGAGCGCGUUGUGGGAAUGUCUGCGACUGCUGGCAUGUCUGUCUGAUCUCAGAAAAAAGAAUGGUGAACGUUUUGGUUCACAGAAUUAGGAUGUGUCGUUCUGUUGAUUUGUGACAUGGUUGAAUGAAUGUUUAGACAAUGUACUGACACUUUGAAAUGUUUCUCAGCGGACAUAAUUAACAGUGUGCCAUCUGUCAUCUAGUUACCGGGCGAGCGCUGCUGUUGUCGCGCGACCAGGCCAGUUCCGUGAGCUUUGUACGGGCAUGUGUGGUGAGUGGUGAGCGUUCUCCCUGUAUGAGUCCCCGUGGUGACCGCUCGGCGCUGCGCUGAGCUGAGCGUUUGGAGAGGAGAGACGGCCGCCGCUCGGUGCCGGCGGUCUGCGCUGAGUACCUCCGAGUACCUCCGAGUACCGCAGGGUACCUCCGAGUACCGUCGGGUGCCGGCGGCGACGGAUCGGUACUCCGUUAGUCAGUACUACCGUGCGUCGGUAGUGCGGUGUGUUGGCGCUCAAUAGUGAACCGAACGUCUGAUUGUCAUGUCUGGGUCUCGCUCGGGUCCGUGGCUGUCUCGCCACGACCCAGCGCCUCGCACGUCUGCGGAAUACAGGCCAGUCUGGA